AUGAGAAUUGCAUUAAAUAAACAAAAUAAUGUUCAAAUGUAUUCAGCAUUGAUUUCUUUAUUAAAUAUUAAUAUUAGUUUAAAUUUCUGUCAUGAAUUAAAUGCUAUAAUUCGGUCUAUUAAUUAUGCCAAAAAAUUUUCAAAUAAACAUCAAGAAUUACGAUUUUGUCGGUAUAACAAAGCAUGUGUUUUAAAACUUUAUGAUGAGAUUAAAUCCAAUACUAUGGACAAAAGUAAAAAACGCGAAUAUUUAUAUUGGGCAUUGAAAGUGAAUGUGCAUGCUUCAACCGCUCUAGCUGACAUUUUGAAUAGCGGGUUAGGCCCAAACGGAACAAUAAAAUGUCUUGUUUCUGGGGGAGGGGAUUUGAAACUCACAAAAGAUGGAAACGUUUUGCUUAGAGAAAUGAGAAUACAACACCCUGUAGCUGCAAUAUUGUCGAGAGCGGCAAUCGCGCAGGACGAAGUUACUGGAGAUGGAUCUUGCAGCGCUUUAGCUGUCACUGGAGAAAUUAUGCGUUUAGCUGAACCAUUGAUAAAUGAAUGUAUACAUCCCCGUAAAAUUUCAGCUGGAUUGGAUAUAGCCCGUGAAUGGACAUUAGACUAUAUAGACAAGAGUGCGAUCACAUUAGACAUUAAAAUUGAAAAAAAGGAUUUACUACUAAAUAUAAUCAAAGGUGUGAUUGCAACAAAAAUCGAAUCUUUUUUAGUAGAACAAAUGAGCGAGGCGAUCUAUAACAGUAUUUAUUGUAUUCGACCAAGAACUGAAACGGCCAAGGAUCCGUCUUCCUUGAUUCCGUUAGAUUUAUUUAUGAUUGAAAUCAUGCCCAUAAACAUAGGUAUAAAGCCUGAAGUGAAUUUUAUAAAAGGUAUAGUGAUGGAUCAUGGUUGUCGACAUCCGGACAUGCCGCAUGAAUUAUUUAAUUGCUACAUCUUGUGCUGUAAUGUAAACUUAGAAUACGAGCGGACGGAAGUCAAUAGCAGUUUCUUAUAUAGCAAUGCGAAACAGCGUGAACAGCUUAGUCGUUCUGAACGUCUUUUCAUCGAUAAUAAAGUUAGAAAAAUAAUAGAAUUGAAGAAUAAAGUAUGUACAAAAGAAAACCAAAAGAAUUUUGUAGUACUAAAUCAAAAAGGUAUCGAUCCGAGUUCUUUAGAGCUUUUGGCUAAAGAAGGCAUCAUGGCUCUGCGCCGCGUGAAGCGAAGAAACAUGGAGAGAAUCACCUUGUGUUGUGGUGGAUCUCCUGUAAACAGCGUUGAAGAUUUAGAUGUAUCCGUAUUAGGUUUUGCUAGAAAAUGCUGGGAAGUCAGUUAUGAAGACCAGAAAUAUACGUUUGUCGAAGUAGACGGUGAUCCUAAAAGUUGUUGUAUUACUAUUCAAGCUCCAUUUAAAUACCAAUUAGAAAGAUGCAAGGACGCGAUCCGAGAUGGAUUAAGAGCUUGCAGAAAUGCUUUAAUUGACAAAAAGUUGCUACCAGGUGCAGGAGCAUUUGAAAUAGCAGCGUCUGAACAUUUAAGAAGUCGGCUAAAGAAGGAAAACAAUCCUAAAACUAGAACGGGGAUAGCGCUUUUCGCAGAUGCUUUAUUGACUAUUCCCAGAUCCUUAGCAAAAAACUCAGGAUUGAGCCCAAACGAGGCGUUAACAGCUGCUCAACUUGCUUACAGACAAGCUAUUGAAAAUGAUAACGGCUUGGAUAAUAAAUAUUUUGGCAUAAACCUUGAUUCUAUUGAACCCAUAAACCCUAUUGAUGAAGGUAUUUGGGACUCUGUUACUGUUAAGAAACAACUCGUCUCUUUAUCGACAACGUUAUCAGGCUUGCUUUUGAUAAUUGACGAAAUUAUAAGAGCAGGAAAAAUCGUUAAGAAUGAUAAACUGCAGCAAUGA